CGCCGACGGGCGCGAGAGGCUGACGUGGCGCUGGGGAGGCGGCCGCCGACAAAAUGGCGGAGCGGGAGGGUGAGGAGGGAGGGGGGGGGGCUCCGUCCGUGCUCUUCCUGCACCCGGACCUGGGGCUGGGCGGCGCGGAGCGGCUGGUGGUGGACGCGGCGCUGGCGCUGCAGGCGCGGGGCUGCCGGGUGCAGGUGUGGACGGCUCGCUACGAGCCCGAGCGCUGCUUCGCCGAGACGCGGGGGCUGGCGGUGCGCCGCGCCGGGGGGUGGCUGCCGCGCAGCCUGUGGGGCCGCGGGCACGCCGUGUGCGCCGCGCUCCGCAUGGCCUUCGUGGCGCUCUACGUGCUGCUGCUCAGCGGGGAGCGCGUCGACGUCUUCGUCUGCGACCAGGUGUCCGCCUGCAUUCCUAUUCUUAGGCUGGCCAGAACCCGAAAGAAGGUUUUGUUUUACUGCCACUUCCCUGAUCAGCUUCUGACCAAGAGAGAGUCGUUCCUGAAGCGAAUCUACAGGAUACCGCUUGACUGGCUGGAGGAGUACACGACUGGCAUGGCAGACUGUAUCGUUGUGAACAGCAACUUCACUGCUAACGUGUUCAAGGAAACGUUCAAGUCCUUAUCUCACAUAAACCCAGAUGUCCUCUAUCCGUCGCUCAACAUCGAUAGCUUUGAAACGAUAGUUCCUGUAGACAUAGCUGAGCUGAUUCCUAAAAAGAAAAAGUUCUUAUUUCUUUCCAUUAAUAGGUAUGAGAGAAAAAAGAAUUUAGCAUUGGCUCUUGAAGCUUUGCAUGAGCUUCAAGGAAGACUUGACUCUCAUGACUGGAAUGAAGUUCAUUUGGUUAUGGCAGGUGGCUAUGAUAAAGCAGUUCUGGAAAAUGUGGAACACUAUGAAGAGCUAAGGAGCAUUGCAACUAAGCUUAACAUUAAUGACCAUGUCACUUUUCUGAGAUCGUUCUCAGAUGAACAGAAAAUCUCUCUUCUUAGUAACUCUGUGUGCGUGCUUUAUACACCUAGUAAUGAACAUUUUGGCAUUGUUCCUUUGGAGGCAAUGUACAUGAGAUGUCCAGUUAUAGCAGUUAAUUCAGGUGGUCCUUUAGAAUCCAUCUUAAAUAAUGUUACUGGAUUUUUGUGUGAUCCUCUGCCGACACAAUUUGCUGAGGCCAUGGAAAAGAUUGUGAGAGAUCCUCUCUUAAAGGACGCAAUGGGAGCAGCUGGGAGAGUCAGAGUUAUGGAAAAAUUUUCCUCGGGAGCAUUCUCAGAACAGCUGUACCAAUACAUAUGCAGAUUAACACAAUAAAAUUAUAUUCCCAUAUUGGAUUUUAUACUUUUGUAUCUGUGACUUGUAUAGGGGGCUAGUAUUCAAUGUGACUAUGAUGACAAACCAGUACUUGUGAAUUUUCUUGUUAUAUUUUGUAUGCUGCCUCAUGUCACUUGAUUAAAAAAAAAAAAAAGGGGGGGUGGAGAAGAAAAUGUCUCUUACUGAAAGGAUCAGAUUUUCAUGUUUUUGCCAAUGUAUGAACUCUUGCGUGCGGUACCUUGGAUAAAUGCAUUGUUCAAAUGGCAGUGAGUUACUGGGAUGUUAUUGCACAUAUUACUUCGAGACUGGAUGGUUAACUGAGUUUACAAAAUACACAUUUGUGCAGAUAAGCACACCUUUAUUUUUCUGUAAGACUUUCAAAUUUGGAUCAUCAAUAAUUUGUAAGUGAAAGACCUCGGCUAUGGUAUGGACAGGGAUUGCACAGUCCAACUGUGCAUUUAAAAAAAAAUAAACAACAUUGUUAGGGAUAUGAAUGGUGUGUCUUUUUUUAAAUAGCCUUUUACUGUGCCUUCUAAAAUUGCAUCAUCUAGUCACACUGGGAAUCAUAAAUGAGCAAAUAGGUGUAUGGGCAAGAGAAAGGUGGGAUAAGAAAACCAAGGCCAUUAAACUACUUGAAGUAAAAAUGUUUGUCCUGAAAUUCUACAUCAAUGCAGAUGCUUGGUAUGCUUAAGGGUGUAAUUUGAAGAGUUUCUGGUUUGUAGAAGCUUAAACGAUAUUUAUUGAACGUUUCAUUAUACUCUAAAUUAUAGAAAACACAUUUGUAAAAGAUGAUUAUCUGAAAUGUGUAAUAAGGAUGGAUUUUGUUUU